UUCCCCAUAGAGAGGAUGAACCCGAUGCCAUCAAGUUUCAAUGGCAAUGCCCUCCGGGGCACCUUCUUCCUCGUUUUUGGUCUCUGGUGGUCCGUGAAAUACCCUCUGAAGUACCUCAGGCGGAAAGCAAACGCUGAGAAUCAGCCAAGCUAUGGCGUCCAGCACCUGGAAGUCCUCGAAGGGACAGUCAAAGCAUUCUUUGCUCUUGCAGGGAUUCUGGCCGAGCAGUUUGUUCCUACCGGUCCCCGUCUGCUGCUGUACAGUCCGAACACUCACAGCUGGACAGAUCUAACCCACUGGCACUACACAACCAUGUACCUGUUCUUCCUCCUCUCCGGCAUUGUGGAAGUCAUCUCCCAUUCCUCACUCAAGCUUCCCGUUGGGAUAGAUCGUUUCUCACUGUCCGUGGCUCUGCUUAUUGAAGGCUUGCUCUUCUGUUCCCAUGACUACAGUGAUGCUCCACUGGAUCAUCACCUCCAUUCCCUGCUGGCCAUAGCCAUCUUUGCUGGAGCCCUCUGUGCACUUCUGGAGGUGUUCAUCCGAGAUCACUUCAUCCUGGAGUUCUUCAGGACCAGCUCUUUCCUCUUGCAGGGCUCUUGGCUGUGGCAGAUUGGAUUUGUGCUGUCUCCUCCAUGGGGAGGACCAGGCUGGGAUCAGACUGACCGUGGCAACUUCAUGUUCCUCACUAUGUGCUUCUGCUGGCACUACGCCGCUGUUCUCGCAGUCAUGGCAGCCAACUCUGCUGCCUCUCGCUGCUGCAAUGAAUCCUGCCAGCUGAAAUUUGGGGACAUCGAUGUUGAGCUAGACUGUGGAAUGUGCAUCCGCAAGGGCAAGAGCUCCAGCAGCGCUCUGUUGCCAGAGAGUGGCUCAGAUGACAAGUGA